AAAAAAGGAGAAGAAAUGGAAACAACUGUAAAUAACAGAUAAACGCAUCUGAGACCAACAAAAGGAGAAGACACAGACCUUUUUUCUCUUAUCUGUUGUUGUUGUUGUCGUCGUCGCUGGGUCAGAAUCUUGUUGUUAUGUUUUUCUUUAUUCUCUCGCUCCACGUUUCAAAUCCAACACAAAGAUCUGUCUGAUUCUCGGGAGAGUCAAGUCAGAAACCUAACGAGGGAUAUUAGUUCGUCUAAAUUGCUCCAAGCUCAACAUAUGUUUGUUCCGUAAUUUCAAUAGGAUUCGAUUUGUUCCACAAAAAUAUAUUUUCGCAUUGUGGCGUGCGGAACAAGGAACUAGGGAAAAAUGAUGAAUGCAAAUGCGAUUCCAUAGGAGAAAGCAGAAGUAGUUAUUAGACGUCUUGAUGAGGUUUUCGAUUCGAAAGCUUAGGUAAAGAACCUCUUUGGAUAUCAAAGGCAAAAGGGGUUUUAUUAUAUGGGGCGAGCAUUGGGAUUAUCUGGUGCUCAAAACUUGGAAUGGCUUGUUUCCAGAGAAGUGUUCCCACAGAUAGGGAGAAUGAGCAGGCGAUAGCAAUUCUGAAGAAAGGGGCUUAUCUUUUGAAAUACGGCCGCCGUGGGAAGCCUAAAUUCUACCCUUUUCGGCUUUCAAGUGAUGAAAUAUAUUUGUUAUGGUAUUGUGGUAAAAAGGAGAAACGUCUUAAACUGAGUUCUGUGACAAGGAUCAUACCUGGACAGCGAACUGCGGUUUUCCGACGAUAUCCUCAACCCACCAAGGAAUAUCAAUCCUUUUCUCUUAUAUAUGGCGAACGGUCUCUCGAUUUGGUAUGCAAGGACAAGGAUGAAGCUGAGUUCUGGCUCACUACCCUUCGCGCUCUUCUCUCACGAAACAACUCUUCUGCAUUGGUACUUCACUCAAGAAGCCGUAGUCUUGCUCCUGAAAAUGGAGAACAAAGUAGUUCGAGCCAGAACUCGAAGUCCAACAUCAGAUCUGUCAGCAGUGACACAAGCUAUGAGGAACAUGCAAAAAAGGCCUCAGGAUCUCACUGCAACACUCCACAGAGACUGGGGAAAGUUUUCUCAGAGGUUCUGUCACAAACUGCAGUACUAAAGGCACUCUCUUUGGACGAACUGGUUCAUAAACCUCAUACUUCGCCUCCAGAGACUAUCGAGAAUCGACCAACAAAUCACUCCUCCCCUGGCGUUGAUACAAGUAAAUAUAGCAUUUCCAGCGCAGUGAGUUCAUCUAGUCAAGGAUCAACUUUUGAAGACUUGAAGUCUCUCUGUGAUGUCUUUGUUUGGGGAGAAAGUAUUGGAGAUGGGCUAUUAGGAGGUGGUAUGCACAAAAGUGGCAGCAGCUCUUCUCUGAUGACUGAUUCUUUUUUACCCAAAGUCUUGAAAUCACAUGUGGCACUUGAUGCACAGAGCAUUUCUUGCGGUACCAAUUAUGCAGUGUUAGUAACAAAGCAGGGACAGAUGUACAGCUGGGGAGAAGAAUCUGGUGGCAGGUUAGGACAUGGAGUUUGUUCCUAUGUUCCACACCCAAAACUUAUUGAUGAAUUUAACGGAUCAACGGUGGAGUUAGCUGACUGUGGGGAAUUUCAUACAUGUGCUGUAACAGCCUCAGGGGAUCUAUAUGCUUGGGGUGAUGGAGAUCACAAUGCCGGUCUCCUUGGACUUGGUAGUGGAGCUAGCCACUGGAAACCGGUACGAAUUCUCGGUCAGAUGGAAGGUAUAUAUGUAAAAGCUAUAUCUUGCGGACCUUGGCAUACAGCGUUUGUAACAUCAGAAGGUAAGCUGUUUACAUUUGGUGAUGGUACUUUUGGUGCGCUUGGACAUGGUGAUCGUAUUAGCACAAACAUACCUAGAGAAGUCGAGGCAUUAAAUGGCUGCAGAACAAUAAAGGCAGCUUGUGGCGUUUGGCAUUCAGCUGCUGUUGUCAGUGUUUUCGGUGAGGCCACAUCAUCAGGGAAGCUUUUUACUUGGGGCGAUGGAGAUGAUGGGAGACUCGGACAUGGUGAUAUAGAGUGUAGACUAAUCCCAUCUUGUGUAACUGAACUGGAUACAACUAGCUUUCAACAGGUGGCUUGUGGCCAGAGCAUUACUGUUGCUCUCUCUAUGUCUGGACAAGUUUAUGCAAUGGGAACUGCUGAUCCGAGUCAUGAUAUUGUGAGAGCUCCUUCUUGCAUUGAAGGGGGUCUAGGAAAGAGUUUCGUCCAAGAAGUGGCUUGCGGGUUUCACCAUAUCGCAGUUUUGAACUCGAAAGCUGAGGUCUACACUUGGGGCAAAGGAUCAAACGGACAGCUCGGGCACGGAGACACUGAAUAUAGAUGCAUGCCGACUCUUGUGAAAGCUUUGAAAGGUAAACAGGUGAGAAAAGUGGUGUGUGGUUCUAAUUACACAGCAACCAUUUGUCUUCACAAACCCAUUACGGGUACCGAUAGUACUAAGUGCUCCGGUUGUCGCCAUCCUUUUAACUACAUGAGGAAGCUUCACAACUGUUACAACUGCGGGAGUGUUUUCUGUAAUUCUUGCACAAGUAAAAAAUCCUUAGCAGCAGCCAUGGCUCCCAAGACGAACAGGCCUUACCGUGUCUGUGAUGACUGUUAUAUCAAACUCGAAGGAAUUAGAGAAUCUUUAGCAACACCUGCAAAUAGUGCCAGGUUUUCAAACGCAAGUCUACCAUCUAGCUACGAGAUGGAUGAAAUUGGUAUAACACCGCAGCGUCAGCUUCUAAGAGUGGAUUCAUUUGAUUUCUUCAGACAAACUAAGCACGCGGACCUGAAAACCAUUGGUGAAACUUCAGGAGGAAGCUGCACGUCUUCGAUUCACUCAAACAUGGAUAUUAAAGGUAGUUUCAACCUGAAAGGCAUACGACGACUCUCUAGGCUUACUUCUUUUGAUUCAGUUCAAGAAGAAGGCAAACAACGUACCAAGCAUUGCGCUUCGAAAUCCGACACAUCCUCUCUUAUAAGACACUCGGUGACUUGUGGUCUACCGUUUUCACGUAGAGGUUCUGUUGAGUUGUUUCCUUUAUCGAUAAAAUCCAGCCCCGUUGAAUCCGUUGCGACUACUUCAGACUUCACCACAGACAUUACUGAUCAUGAGUUACUACAAGAAGUGCCAAAGAAAUCCAACCAGUGCCUAAGCCAUGAAAUAUCAGUACUCAAAGCACAGGUGGAAGAGCUUACUCUAAAAUCGAAGAAACUAGAAACCGAACUUGGAAAGACUUCGAAGAAGCUUGAAGUUGCGGUACUAAUGGCGCGAGAUGAUGCAGAGAAGAUCAAAUCUUCAGAAGAGAUAGUCAGAUCCUUAACUCUGCAGUUGAUGAACACAACCAAGAAAGAAGUAGACAAGACAAGGAGACACCGAAACUCGUUUUGA